AUGGAAAUAGUUUUUGAAAGUGAAGACGUCAAGCCCAACUUUGAUUUAUUGACAAUUCAGAAAAUUAACGAUCAUUUUCAAAAUCCCUUGCGGAAUAUGAAAGGUAGGAACAUCAUUAAAAUCGAAACCGAAGACGAAAUGAAACAAGCAAUUUUUAGUGACGCUGCAAAAAAAUUUACUAUGAAUCUCGACCGUAAACUUAUCGAGCACAAUGAAAUCACUUACAAAUGUGAUAUUUGCGACAAGAUGUUUAAAAGGAAGAGUGGUCUGACGAGGCACGUUCAAUCAGAGCAUAUUGGUGUCACCCACUCAUGUAAUAUAUGCGGAAAGUCUUUCGCUCGAAAAGGUUAUCUAAAAAUCCACACCGAUUCGGUGCAUGGUGGUAUCGGACAUACAUGCGAUACAUGUGGAAAGACAUUUAAACAUAAACGUAAUCUCAAAACCCACAUCGAUUCGAGGCACAACGGGACUACCCACUCAUGUGGUAUUUGCGGAAAAUCAUUUUCAUAUAAAGUUAGUCUCAAAACCCACAUCGAUUCGAGGCACAAUGGGACUACCCACUCAUGUGGUAUUUGCGGAAAAUCAUUUUCAUAUAAAGUUAGUCUCAAAACCCACAUAAAAUCGAUGCAAAAUAGGACUAAACAUAUGUGCAGUAAAUGUGGAAAAAGGUUCGCUCAAAAAGUUCAUCUCAAAACCCACAUCGACUCUGUGCACAAUGGGACUAAACAUACGUGCAGUACAUGUGGAAAGACAUUUAAUCAUAAAAGUAGUCUUCAAACCCAUAUCAAAUCGAUGCACAAUGGGACUAAACAUAUGUGCAAUACAUGUGGAAAAAGGUUCCCUCAAAAAGUUCAUCUCACAAUCCACAUCGAUUCAGUGCACAAUAGUGUCAAACAUGUAUGUGAUAUAUGUGGAAAAUCAUUUACUCAGAAAGGUCAUCUCAAAAUCCACAUCAAUUCAGUGCACAAUGGUGUCACCUUCUCAUGUGAUAUUUGCGGCAAGUCAUUUACACGGAAAGGUAGUCUCCAAAUCCACAUCGAUUCUGUGCACAAUGGUGUCACCCACUCAUGUAAUAUAUGCGGAAAGUCUUUCACUCAAAGAAGUUAUCUAAAAAUCCACACCAAUUCCGUGCAUAGUGGUAUCAGACAUACAUGCGAUACAUGUGGAAAGAGGUUCGCACAAAAAAGUCAUCUCAAAGCCCACAUCGAUUCGGCACAUUCGUCACGCAUUACAACUUGA